CCGUGUUUCUCUUCCCCCUUCCUCGCUUUCCCAUCUCUUCCACUCUCGGAUCGCAAAUCUGAAUCUCACUCUCUAUCUCUCCUCCUCCUCCUCCACCAGCAACCACCGGCGCGACCCGUAACUUCCGUCCGUACGACUAGAUCAGAACUGCCUCUUUAGCUGUUUGGACGUUUCCGCUCGCCACUCGAUAAAAGAUGAUUUGACACUUCUACCCAAAAAAUAAAAAAUCGAAUUUCUCAUUCGACGACUUUGCCCCUCAACUACCGUUUAAUUUACCGGUCCCACCCCUCAGUCUGUCUGCUGACGUGGCAUGAUUUGUGGGUCCCUUUGGAAAUGAGUCAGCACACCCGUCGGAUUCUGACACCUGGAGCUUCAAGAAAGCGUAAAGAUAGAGAAGCAUUUUAUUCCUUCAAGCCGUCGCCUACAACUCAUCCGCCGCCGCCACUGCCGACUUUCCCGGCAACAAAUUCUGCCACCGCUGCCGCAGCUCUUCCCGACUCUUCUAAUCGGCUCUUGGCGGGGUACUUGGCGUACGAGUUCUUAACAAAGGGGACGCUGUUCGGUCAGAAGUACGAUCCUGCCAGAGCCAGGGCGGUACAACUAUCGGGCUCGUUAGCCGAGCCGAGGAAGGUGAAGCCGGAAGCCGAGCCGAGUCCGAAGAAGGAGAACCAGGGUUACGCUGAGGUGGCAAACAUUUUGAAGACCGAUGAGGCCCACAUUCAGGGAAUUGUCAAUCCUGCCCAACUCGCCCAUUGGAUUAAGAUGUGACUGCGGUGUCACGUGGCACCAUCUUAUUGGGUGAAAACUGGCUUCUCGCGUAAGAGAAGUUGACAUUUUCUUUACCCGCAAUGACCUCCAGAAUUAAAGUUGGUGAGUACAGUCUCGAGUCUCAUAUCAUGGAUGCAGUCACCAUAGAGAGGAAGCCUGAAACAAAUUUCUAAUGUUGAUUUUGUUGUUUCAGGAUAGUGUUAAUUAGUUUAUGUUUUUGAUCUUUUUAUCUUCUUCGUCACUUUCUUUUGAUAAUUAGUACUAUGUAUGAAUGUUGUUAUUUUGAAUUUGGGAUAUAUAUGUAUGAAUGUAUAUAUGAACCCAAAACAUAUGGGGUAAAACUGCUUGCUUUCAUUUGUGGGGGUUUGAUUAGUUACAUGAUUCUGGGUUGCAUGACUAGGAUA